UCCCAGGAGCUGCAGGCGCGCCGGGUGCAGUUCCAUGGGCCGACCAGAAACAGGGGCUGAGGCUGCGACCCCGGAGACUGCCUCCUCCCUGCCUCCAAGGAAGCCCUCCUCUCCUUCAACCACCAGUAUUGCCUUCAUGCAUCGCAGGGACUGAAGAGUUGCUCAGAGCCAGCCCCACGCAGGAGACGGGAAUCAAGGCGCCUGGAUGAUGAGCCUCUCCUGAGCCCAGCACCGCAGGCCAGCCUGAGAGCUGGACACACUCAGACACUCAGCUCCACAGACAGGCGACGGCACAGAGAGAGGAGCUGUGAGGAUGGCACACCUGCUGGGCAGCCAGGACUGCAUGGACAGCCUGCGCAAGGACCUCACCGACCUGCAGGGCGCCAUCGUGGACGUGUCCUCCCGUGCUGGGCCCGUGCGCUUCCCCUCCUGGAAGUUCCCUGACCGUGUGGCCUGUGACCUGGACAUGGUGGCUCUGCUAGAGCACUAUGACCACGUGCCUGGUGACCCCGAGUUCACACAGCUGGCCCAUGCCGUGCUGCUGGAGCUGGUCAUUGACAGGCUCCUGUUACUGCUUCAGAGCUGUGCAAGCUAUUUGGAGAACCUUGACUCGGAGCAGAUAAUGCCCCCCGUGCGAGCGGCAGGACCCUGUAUGUCCGUGGGGCUUACAGUGCGGCGCUUCUGGAACAGCCUGCUGAGGCUAGGCAUGCUCUACCAGCCGCUGGCGCUCCAGAAAAAGGCAAACCAAGGAGAGAAUCCUACUUCCAAGCCCACAGCCAAGGGCGAGCCAGCCAAGAGGCCUGAAUUUGUGACUGCCAAGUUCAUCAAGUCCCCCUCCCCAAUGCCAGACUUGCCCCAGACCAGCCAAGAGCCUGGCAGCCUUCCAGUCAGCACUGCCCUACAGUGUCCAGCCCGGACCAUGGAAAAUACCAGGAGUGUCCACUCCCAGACAGUGGAGACGGCCCUGGUGCCCUGCGAUGCAUGUGUCAGUGUCCAGGGUAGCCUGCAGGAGGUCGGCAAGGUGCUCAUCAGCUUGUGUCAGAGCCAGAACUUGCCCUCGUCCUUAGGCCAGUUUCAUCAGCUGGUGCAGGACAGGAUGGGGCUCAAGCCGCUGCCAGCUGCCACUGUGGGCCACUGGGCUAAAGAGCAGAGCAAAGACCUGACCGGCCUCACUAAGCACAUGGGGGCCCUCACUCAGCUUGUUGGGUCUCUCAGGGCCCAGCUGGAGGAGGCUGAGGGCCAGAAGGCUGGCCUGAGGAAGCAGAUCGGGGAGCUGGAGCAGGCAGUGGAGCGGGAGCAGAGGGAGCGGCAGCAGCAGGCGGACAAGGCCAAGCAGCACCUGACCAGAUGGGAGUGUGACAAGCAGCAACUUCUCACAGACACAAGUGACCUCAAGAUGAAGGUGGCCGCUCUGGAGGGGGAGCUGAAGCAGCAGCAGGAGUCCACGCAGGCCAUGGAGACAAAGGCCCAGCAGCUGCAGGAGGAAGCUGAGCGCAGGGCAGAGGCUGAGAGGCAGGUACAGCAGUUGGAGGAGCAGGUGCAGCUGCUGGCAGGACGGCUGGAUGGGGCCGGCCAGCAGAUCCUCUGGGCCAGCACAGAGCUGGACAAGGAGAAGGCCCGAGUCGAUAGCAUGGUCCGCCAUCAGGAGUCCCUGCAGGCCAAACAACGAGCCCUGCUUCAGCAGCUGGACAGCCUGGACCGGGAGAGGGAAGAGCUACAGGGCUGUCUGGACGAGGCUGAGGCCCAGCGGGCUCGUGCGGAAGAGCAGCUGCAGAGCCUGCAGAGUGAGAGGGAGCAGAGCCGGUGCCAGCUCCGGGCCCAGCAGGAGUUGCUGCAGAGUCUGCAGCAGGAGAAACAAGGUCUGGAGCAGGCAACGACGGAUCUGCAACUGACCAUCUCGGAGCUGGAUCGGGAACUGGUGGAGCUGAGGGAGCGGGAGCGGCUGCUGGUGGCCUUCCCAGACCUGCACAGGCCUACUGAGGCCCAAAUCCAAAGCUCUGGCAACAUCACAGACGACAUGGAGAGGCAGGUGCAGGCCAAUGACAUCCGCAUCCGGGUCCUUCAGGAGGAGAAUGGGCGACUCCAGUCCAUGCUGACCAAAAUUCGGGAGGUGGCCCAGCAGGGAGGCCUCAAGCUGAUCCCGCAGGACCAGCUCUGGGCCCCUUCAAGCAAGGGGACCCGGGGAACCUCCCCCCCAGCCACGUUCCCAAGGGCAUCCCCAGGGUCCCUGGGCAGAAGGCACCUGCCUGGCAGCAGGACAACCAGUGCGGGCAGGACCCUGCCAGGCCAAUCCCGGGCAUCCCCCCCUCUGCAGCCCAGCAGCCGAUCUCCCAAGUCCCCCCUGGAGGACAUGACCCAGUCGGCCAUCUGCACCCAGAAUCCCAUGAGGGCCUUGGCCAGGCUGAGAAGGAGACUCUCACCGGGCCGGGGCCAGGUUGGCUCUGCACACCUGCCCCAGGAGCGGCCCCUGUAGCCUGCAGUGCGGGGGGCUGGCGGGCAGGUGGCUGGCAACCCACUGGAGGUAAUAAAGCCCUGCCAUC